AUGGCCGGCCCGUGGACCUUCACCCUUCUCUGUGGUUUGCUGGCAGCCACCUUGAUCCAAGCCACCCUCAGCCCCACUGGACUUCUCAUCCUCGGUCCAAAAGUCGUCAAAGAAAAGCUGACACAGCAGCUGAAGGAUCACCAUGCCACCAGCAUCCUGCAGCAGCUGCCGCUGCUCAGUGCCAUACGGGAGAAGCCAGCUGGGGGCAUCCCUGUGCUGGGCAGCCUGGUGAACACCGUCCUGAAGCACAUCAUCUGGCUGAAGGUCACCACAGCUAACAUCCUCCAGCUGCAGGUGAAGCCCUCGGCCAAUGACCAAGAGCUGCUAGUCAGGAUCCCCCUGCACAUGGUGGCCGGAUUAAACACGCCCCUGGUCAAGACCAUCGUGGAGUUCCAAAUGGAGACUGAGGCCGAAGCCAUCAUCCGCAUGGACACCAGUGCACAUGGCCCCACUCGCCUGGUCCUCAGCAACUGUGCCACCAGCCACGGGAGCCUGCGUAUCCAACUGCUGCAUAAGCUCUCCCUCCUGGUGAACUCCUUAGCUCAGCAGGUGAUGAAUCUCCUAGUGCCAGCUCUGCCCCAACUGGUAAAAAACCAGCUGUGUCCCGUGAUCGAGACUUCCUUCAAUGACAUGUAUGCAGACCUCCUACAGCUGGUGAAAGUGCCCAUUGCCCUCAGCACUGACCAUCUGCAGUUUGACCUUCUGUCUCCUGCCAUCAAGGGCGACACCAUUCAGCUCUACCUGGGGGCCAAGUUGUUGGACUCACAGGGAAAAGUGACCAAAUGGUUCAAUAACUCUGCAACUUCGCUGACAGUGCCCACCCUGGACAACACUCAGUUCAGCCUCAUCGUGAGUCAGGACGUAGUGAAAGCUACAGUGGCUGCUGUGCUCCCUCCAGAAGAAUUUAUGGUCCUGUUGGACUCUGUGCUUCCUGAGAUCGCCCGUCGGCUGAAGUCAAGCAUUGGGCUGAUCAAUGCAAAGGCUGCAGAUUCUCUGGAGCCCACCCAGAUCGUGAAGAUCCUAACUCAGGACACUCCACAGUUUUUUAUGGACCAAGGCCGUGCCAAGGUGGCCCAGCUGAUUGUGCUGGAAGUGUUUCCCUCCAAUGAAGCCCUCCGCCCUCUGUUCACCGUGGGCAUCGAAGCCAGCUCCGAGGCUCAGUUUUACACCAAAGACGACCGACUAAUACUCAACUUGAAUAACAUCAGUGCUGAUCGGAUUAAGCUGAUGAACUCUCGGAUUGGCUGGUUCCAACCUGACGUUCUGAAAAACAUCAUCACAGACAUCCUCCUCUCUGUCCUGGUGCCGAACCAGAAUGGCAAAUUAAGAUCCGGGGUCCCAGUGUCGAUGGUGAAGGCCUUGGGAUUUGAGGCAGCUGAGUCCUCGCUGACCCAGGAUGCCCUUGUGCUUACCCCAGCCUCCUUGUGGAAACCCAGCUCUCCUGUCUCCCAGUGAAGACUCGGAUACUGGCCAUCAGGGCAGGCUGGGUCCCAGCUGGGAGUGUGUGUCCGAGCUCUGUAGACAAGCCCUCUCUGAAGACCAGCCCUCUCUGCAAUCAAUAAACAUUUGCCUGUGAU